AUGCUGCUUUCAAAAAAAUGUUUCUAUAUUGACAGUCUCAGAAUAUCUGAUCCAAUAUUUGAUUCAUUCUACUUUCUUUUCAAUAACCAAGGCGAUUCAAAUGGCGCGAGAUGGAGCUCGUGGAAACCGUUAAUUUACAUUGUUCGCGUCAUUUUUCAGUCAAUUAUUGUAAAGUACUUCAUUAUUUUCUCGAAUAAAUGGACCUAA